GAAGAAAGGGCUUCGCGGAGAUUUUAUGCAAAUAUAAAAGGCAUUGGAGGCCGAUUCGGGCCGAGUAAUUCGGAGUCGGUAUUCAACCAUGGCAGCACGUUGCUAGAAUCUGUUGGUGGUGGUGGUGGUGAAACGUUGAGAACCAUGUUCCGUUCAAUAUUCCGGUUGAUGAUCGCGCUCCUAGUUUUGCUGGUUCACUGUGAAGCUCAAGGUGAUGACUUGGAUUUCCGUGUGUUUGAUUUUGGUGACGAAGAUACUGAGUUCUUCAGUUCAUACGAGAAAGCUUUGAGUGAUCAUGAGUACUUUCCAACGGAUUUCAAUCUUGGAAGUUUGGACUUAAUAUCCAGUAGGGCAUCCCUCGGGGAUCCCAGCAAGCUGGAAGUGGCACGAGCUAAACGAAGGGUUGCUACUAGCGAAGAACACUCGAACGAGGCCGACGGUGAUUCCGAUGACGGAUACGGAGAAGAUCGGUACGGGCUGUUCGUUAGUCGUCAUUUCGGAGAUCACGAUGAAGGUAAGGAAAGUAUAGGACCUGAAUAUGAGUACCAGAUCGAUUUCAAUCCAUCGGACGAUUACGAACGGAUCAAACAGGAAUCGGAAGCACAAAGUCGCCGAUUGGCAAAGGAUCCAAACAACUGUGAGCAGUUCGAAAAAGAUGGAAUGCUGUGCCACGUGUGUCGAGACCCGGCCACGGACACGAUGUCGGAAUCCUGUGCGUACGCGACGGUUCCGCAUCAUAAAAAGUUUUCUUACGUAAAGCAGAAAAACUACAAUAGCAAAGAUCACGAAAAGGAAAAACCCGACGACGAGGAAACUGCCGAAGAACCACCUCAGCGAAAGCGAAAACCUAGCAAGCCGAAGGUUAUUCCAACCAAAAAAUCGGUGGUGCAUUCCAAACCGGGUCCGAAAGGAACGAACGGAGGAGGAUAUCGAUAUCCGCCGGUCGAUUUGCGAUCGAACAAGCAACGUCCGAAGCCACCGACUGAAACGGAGCUAUCCGAGGGUGACACCGAGUACGAGUUUGACACGUCCUUUUAUCCAUCGUACGGACGUAGUCAGAAGCUGCUGCAACAGGCCGAACCGGCCAGUAGCGACGAUGUGUACGUGCUGAGUUACCAGGAUAAGGACGAGGUGGCAAAGAUGCUGGCAGAUUUCGAAACGCGCGAUUGGUCUAACUGUAAGAAAGCCACCAAAAACGAACUCACCUGCUACACCUGCACCGAUGAGGACGGCGUCAAGCACGAAGAAUGUACGUACGUUUCCGAGUCCCGCGACAGCCCACAAACUCAGGUGCUUCCAACGACAACGACGACAACUCCGGAUAGCCGGACGACAACAAACGCCCGCGCCGUCACCACCGUCGUACCCACAACCGAAACGAAAAGAUCACACCAGAAAAAGGCUACAUCCGAGAAGAGAACCACGGGACCAGAAGUGAAAACGACAACGGCAAGCAGCGAUCCGAUUUUCGGCAAGCUGCUGCUAGUAACGGAGAAGUUGAAACCGAGUGAACAACAACAACAACAACAAGAGCACAGCACGGAACAGCCGGACAAUCGCCGCCAGACGAUUAGGCGAAAGAUCACCAUCAAAAGUCACCUGGAUGGUUCGGGACUUGAUCCGGCACUGCUCGGUGAUCGGGUGAUGCACUACGAACAUCACGUUACGCAUCUGUUAUAAUAAUCGUCGUGGAAUAUGUAAACCAACAACAACACAACAAGA